AUGCCAGGGGUAAAGGAGCCGCCACAAAGCAACACCACACCCCAGCCACGCCCGACCGUGGACCACCCCUUAGAGCCCUAUAUAUAUGUGAACUGGUGCAGCGAACCAGGAAGGACGGGGGCCCCACAUGCCCACCCCCCAACACCGCCCAAACCAAGCGGGGAGAAACCGAGGACGCAUGACCGACAGACUACCCACUGCAGCACAGACCCGGGCAAGACACGGGCCGCAGGCCACACCCCAGCAACCCCACCCAACCCACCAGUGCACCCAGUACGGCCCGCCCAACCCCCGAGAGACAGUCCUCUCGGCACCCCCAACACAGGAGCCCCCGCCAGAGAUAGCAAUGCCAUCCCCAAACACCAUGGACCAGCCACUCGCCCCUAA